AUGAAGAGCCAAGAUGCCAGAGAAUCAGAGCUGAGAAUCACUGUGGUGGGUAAAACAGGAACCAGCAAAAGUGCUACAGGGAACAGCAUCCUCAGGAAGCCAGCAUUUGAGUUGAGGCUGAGCACCCAGACCUUGACCAAGACUUGCAGUGAAAGUCAGGAAAGCUGGGGAAAGAGGGAAAUGAUCAUUAUUGACACACCAGAUAUAUUUUCUGGGAAAGGCCACUCUGAAGCCCUGUACAAAGAGGUGCGGAGGUGCUACUUACUCUCUGCUCCAGGACACCACGUGCUGCUCCUUGUGACCCAGCUGGGCCAAUACACCACCAAGGACCAGGAGUCUGCACAGAGCAUAAAGGAGAUCUUUGGAGAAGAUGUCAUUGGACACACAAUUGUCCUCUUUACUCACAAGGAAGACCUCAAUGGUGGUUCCUUGAUGGAUUACACCUGUGACACAGUCAACAAAGCCCUAAGCAAGCUGGUGGCAGCAUGUGGGGGACGAGUCUGUGCCUUUAAUAACCGUGCUGAAGGGAACAAAUGGGAUGAGCAGGUGAAGGACCUAAUGAACUUGAUUGGAGGCCUGAUGAUGGAGAAAAAGGGUGACCACUACACCAACGGUCUGUACAGCCUAGUACAGGGGUUGAAAUGUGGGCCUGUGGGAUCAGAGGGAAGAUUAAAGGAUUUCAAAGGGAGUCUUAUGAAGUACAUGGAAAUUCAGGGGCAUUGCACCUCCAUGGCCAAAGCAAAUUGCCUAGAAAGGGUCCUACUCAAAACGCAACUGUGUAUUUCAUUGUGUAUGCAGUUAUGUGUCAAAUUGCUAAUUCUGUUAUUUUGUGUAUCACACAGCAUGUGCAGUUCAUUUUACUGCUUGCUCUUUAGUGUGUGCAAUUUAUUCUGUAGCUUACUGUGUAUUAUACCCAAAACGUUCAUGAUAAUAUUGAGAAAGAUCACUGGACUAGAAUGCAGGAUUCCUAGGUCAUAG